CUUCAGUCAAAGACACAAUAUUAGUGCCAUGGGGAAAGGAGACGGCCUUGGCUUUGUUUCCAAGGACUAUGCCGAUCUCUUCCGAGAACUCCGGGGGGACCUGGUCAACAAGGAUCCUGGAUCACUGAAGCCACCCUACCGGGUGCCAUGUGGCAGCGGGCCACCAGAUGGACUACCGCUUGGGGUGUUGACCAUCAAGAUUCGCAUGCCUGGGGACCGCUUUCCCAUCGAUUCCGUAGUUCACGGCGAGUACAUGAAAUGGAGCAUCGUUGAGGCCCUGGCGCAGAGUUUCAAGAAGAUCGGGAGGAUGAGCGUCAACCCCAAGAACAUCCAAAUGUUGGAUCAGAUCAAGAUCUUGGAGGUGCACACACCUUCUAUGGCUGGGCACCUGUGGCAGUUUUGUGAGUUUCGCUUCGACUACAAGGUCGCUUUAGACGAAGAACUGGCUGCCACUUUGGUGACCGCUGUGUUUUAUCACAUGACGGACUUCGAGGUGAUUUUUUGUCAAAAUUUGGAGAACAAAUUUCGGGAGAUCUAUCAUCUCACGGUCCUUGAGCUCAUCAACAAACGUUUCGCGCUGAUGGAUGGUCGGGCCAUGCAGCAACAGCUCGAGUUGUUUAAGGCUGCGGAAGCCAACGACGUGAAGGAAAUCUCUGUGCUCGUAAAGGAGGUGGAUGUGGAUGCAGUCCAAAAGGAGUUACGUUUCCCUCGGGGGAUGCUGGACGAGGACGCCUAUUUCUCCCUUGUCACCUUGCAACGAACACCCCUCCUCGCGGCAGCGGAAGCAGGACGUUUCGAGGCAGUUCAGGUGCUGGUGGAGGCGAAAGCGGAUGUGAAUUACCAGGACACCUCGGGGUUUCACGCGCUCUACUUGGCCGCCGGCGCAGGUGCGUCCCAGGUGGUGAGCUACCUGCUGUCUCAGGGUUCGGAUCUGCACCUCAGGAAUCGAAGUGGCUACACUGCCCUGCACAAUGCUGCGGGCUGCGGAAAGGCUCAGUGCAUCAAACUGCUCCUAGAGGCGCGAGGGGAUUGGAAUCUGAAGACGCGCAGUGGGGUGGCGCCCGUGCACCUGGCAGCUAUCAGCAACCAAGCAGCAUCCUUGGAGGUCUUGCAUCAGUGCCGCGCAAAUCUGGAUAUGCCAGCGGUUGGUGGAAAUACUCCGGUACAUGAGGCGGUCAUGCAGAAUAACGCGGAGAUUAUCCAGAAACUUUUUGACUUGAAGGCGGAUAUCAACAUCGAAAGUGGACCUGACAAUCACUUUGCAACACCCCUGACUAUGGCACUUGAAAGGAAGAAGAAGAAAGCUGCCAAGAAGCUUCAAGAGUUGAACGCUUUGGAGAAGGUCCCUGGAGGAAAUCACUCAGAAACAACAGAGUCUACAGGCUUCAGGUUGCGUGGAAAGGUCCUUCGCUGAGAGCAUACACACAUACAUACAUACACAUAUAUAUAUAUA